AUGCACCGAUUGUAUAUCACGCCACAAAUAAGAGCUUUUCAGGCAAGCCCUAACCUCAUCAGCUCGGACUUCAAAACCGGUGACAAGAAGGUUGUCAACGGUCCCUUCUGGCACGAGGUGUUCACGGAGACGUACGAAGAUCAUGACGAGGACAUCUCCACUACCACUUCGGAGCCGCUGCCGUUCUUCGAAGACGACGCGUCUACAAACAAUGUGACCGCACAGCUGGGUAGCAGGGUCCACUUACACUGCAGAGUUCACGACUUGGGCGAAAAGACGAUAUCCUGGGUUCGUAGGCGAGGCGAAGAAUUGCACCUACUCUCGUUCGGUCGCCACACUUACUCGGCCGACUCGCGCUACUCGCUAGCGUUCGAGCACCCGAACGACUGGCGGCUGCUCAUACAGUGCCACAUAUCCAUUGAUUUGCCAAAAGUGGAGAUCAUUGACGAACGCGGUCGUCCGCUACAAGACAAGUUCUACAAAGAGGGUUCCAUCAUCGAGCUGAGGUGCGUGGUCAGCGAGGUGCCACAGCCCACCAGACAAGUCAACUGGAAGCAUGGCGCUCGCCUCCUAAACUACGACACGAAGAGAGGGGGCGUAAGAGAACAAAGUGCCCAGAUAUUCAUCUUUCGACACAAAGAAGGUUCUGUCAUCGAGCUGAGGUGCGUGGUCAGCGAGGUGCCAAAGCCCACCAGACAAGUAAACUGGAAGCACGGCGUUCGUCUCCUAAGCUACGACAUGAAGAGAGGGGGCAUGAGUGUAAAGACUGAAGCGACUUCUAACGGUGCGCUGUCAAGGCUGUACAUAGCGAACGCCAACAGAAACGAUUCUGGCAACUACACCUGUUCUCUGGCGGACGUCACGGCGUCUGCUGUCUCCGUUCAUGUCCUAAGAGGUGAAAACCCACUCGCGAUGCAGCGCGGGAACAGCGGAAGCGCCACCUAUCCAUCGCUCGUUUUCUUCGUGUCGCUCAUUAGCUGAUACAUAGCCGGCGCGUACUGUACGCGCUGCACCUUGUAAAACCCCUUACUCGUCAUAAAUCGCUAGAGUUACUUUAUUCGACCACAUGAGUAAAUAAGGCACAGAAGCAAAGUUUCAUACCAUGCGUGUGUAUGAGUGAGCACUAGCGCCUGUCGCGUACG